AUGGCCUCGAAAUGGCCGAAGCGCGGGCUUUUCAAAACUCAAGCUUCCGAGAAGCACUCGGAAUUCCAUUCUGCACCGCUCGAUCCUGAAUACUUAGUCAAAUGGGACCGAGACGACCCAUUGAACCCUCAAAAUUGGUCUGUCAAAUACAAAUGGUGGGUGACAUUCCAACUGGGGAUGCUCGCUUUGGCAGGUAGUCUGGGUUCAAGCAUCACCACGCCGGCCGAUGACACCAUUGCGAAGUAUACUGGCGUGAGCGGUGAGGUGGCUGUGUUGGACGUUUCACUCUAUCUACUUGGAUUUGUUUUUGGCCCUAUCAUCUGGGCACCCGUUUCGGAAAUCUGGGGUCGAAGAGUCAGUAUUCUCCCUGCCGUCUUUUGCCUAGCCCUCUUCUCUAUCGGAACAGGGGCGAGUAGAGAUGCGUCCUCAAUUUUCGUCACACGAUUUUUUGCUGGCUUCUUUGGCUCUGCGCCGAUAAGCAAUGUCAUCGCUGCCUUGGGCGAUAUGUGGAGCAAAGAGACACGCGGAACAGCAGUCAGCCUUUAUGCUGUAGCUGUCAACGGCGGCCCGGCGUUGGGGCCUGUUAUAGGUGCAGCUCUUUUGAUGAAUCCCAAUUUGGGUUGGCGCUGGACUGGAUACAUUCAUGCGAUCUGGGUCUUUGUGGUUUUCACGUUGACGUUCUUCUGCCUGCCCGAAGUUUAUCCUUUGGUUCUACUUAAGCGUAAAGCACAGCAGCUGCGCAGGGAAUCAAAUGAUCCAAGAUUCUACCACCCCCAUGAGCAUUUGAAACUAGAUGUACGAUCUGUUCUCACGAAGCAGCUUGCUCGUCCCUUACGAAUGCUCAUAACCGAGCCGAUUGUGACCUGUAUCGCUUUCUACGCCUCGUUCGUUUACGGAGUCAUGUAUCUCACUCUUGAAAUCUUCCCUCUGGCAUUUCAGGAGGCCCGUGGGUGGAAUCACCUGGUUGGGUCGUUGCCUUUCUUAGGCUUAUUGAUUGGUGUUAUAUCAUCAGUGGGCCUCAACAUUUGGAAUCAAUACCGCUACAACAAAGUUUCGAUCGAGGCUGGCGGAAAGGCUGUGCCAGAAGCCCGGCUACCACCCAUGGCCUUCGGGGCAAUUUUCAUUGUUGCGGGGCUUUUCUGGUUUGCUUGGACCGCCGAGCCACCCCAUCACUGGAUACUACCAUGCCUGGCAGCAGUUUUCAUCGGCGUGGGGUUCAAUUGUAUCUUCCAGCAGUGUUUGAACUUUCUGGUCGAUGUGUACAAAGUGUACGCUGCUAGUUCGACUGCUGCAGUUACCCUACUUCGAAGUCUCAUGGCUGCUGGACUUCCACUGGCAGCCAAGCCAAUGGUCAGGGCAUUGGGCAUCGGACCUGCUGUUUCGAUUAUUGCAGCUGUAGCUGCAGCAUUGAUACCAGUGCCUUUUCUGUUCAUGAAAUACGGGCCAAAAUUGCGAAGAUAUUCGAAGCUUGCACCGGAAGAUUCAUGA